UUGCACCCCUGAUCUGAGUCAUAAGGAACAGCUCUCUGUCAGUCAGGAUAGUGUCACAAGAAGACAUUCCUCAAGUAAAAGAGCAUUUCUUGGGCUUUCUUGUGGCAGAGCAGUCAACAGGAGAACAUUUGUCAUCUCUAAUCCUAAAAAGGCUAGAGGAACUUAAUAUCCCAUUUGAGGACUGCAGAGGCCAGUCCUAUGACAACGGCGCCAAUAUGAAGGGAAAAAAUAAAGGUGUUCAGGCAAAGUUGCUUCAGCUGAACUCAAGAGCUUUUUAUGUCCCAUGUGGUGCCCACACUUUAAAUCUGGUAGUAGCUGAUGCUGCAAAAAGCUCACCAGAUGCCCUUGGCUACUUUGGGCAUUUGACAAAGUUAUUCAAGCUCUUCUCAGCCUCCACCCAUAGGUGGGAUGUCCUCUUGAAAUAUGUGAAAAUCACUCUGAAAUCAUGGGCUGAGACCAGAUGGGAAAGCAGGAUAAAAAGCAUUGAGGCAGUAAGGUAUCAGGCUGGGCAAGUCAGAGAGGCUCUUCUGGAGGUGAGGGAAAAAACUGCAGACCCUGUGGUGAGAGUUGAAGCCCAGUCUUUGGCUGAGGAGAUUGGAUCCUAUCGCUUUUGCAUUUGUACAGCCAUAUGGUAUGACAUUCUCAGCAAGAUCCAGCAUGUCAGUAAACUGAUGCAGUCACCCUCCAUGCAGCUUGAUGUGGCUGUCGACUUGCUGAAGAAAACCAGAGAUUCCCUCACCAGUUACAGAAACACUGGAUUUUCUGAUGCACAGACAAUUGCAAAGAAGAUGUGUGAAGAGAUGAAUGUGGAGGCUGAACUCAAACAAAAGCGGUUGAGAACCACAAAAAGGCACUUUGGCUAUGAGUCUCCAGAUGAGCCCAUACAAGAUGCACUACGAAAAAUGGAAACCACAUUUUUUAAUGUGGUCGUGGAUACUGCAAUCUCUUCACUUGAUGAGAGAUUUCAGAAUCUUGGAGAGGUGAAUAACACGUUUGGUGUGCUCCUCGAUUUCCCCAAUUUAGAAGAAGAGGACCUGCUACAGAAGUGUCAAACCCUAAGUACGGCUCUGACCCAUGACAGCCAGCCGGACAUUGAUGGCACAGAACUUGCAAAGGAAAUGAAGAAUUUCCCACCAUUGCCAUCAAACAAUAUGACAAACAUGGAACUGUUGACCUUCCUGCAUGAGAAGAAACUGGCAGAAAUUUACCCCAACAUGUGGGUUGCUUUGAGAAUCUCUGCCACUCUUCCUGUUACAGCGGCUGCUGCUGAAAGAAGCUUCUCUAAGCUCAAACUGAUUAAAACUUACCUGAGAUCUACUAUGAUGCAAGAA